UAUCUACAAUUUGUCUAACCUGUCGUUGAAACCCUUUUUCCUCCAACUUUCACAACGCGGACACGCGAUAGUAUCAAAAUCACGCGAAAUGAUUCGUCGAAUCCAUUGAGAUUAUCAUCAACAAAUUAAAAAAUCGAUCAAUAUUAUCGAAGGUUGACGCUUGAAUUAGAUCACCGGAGUUAUCGAGUAUAUUUUCUAUAUUAUUAAAAAUGGUGGAGACAAAUAGCGAUCAGCCCGGCGAGGAUGGACCUCCGAAAACAGGGAAACAGUUGGAGAAAGAGGCGAAAAGACUUGCUAAAUUAGAGAAAUUCAAGCAAAAACAGGACAAGAAGGAGACUGAAACUUCUAAUACCAAAAUUAAGCAGAAGAAUGAGAAACCGCAGAAGAAGAAAGAGCAGAAGGAAGCAGCUGUCUACGAUGUAGUGACACCUCCAGGCACCAAGAAAAAUGUAACAAUUCCAAUGCCAGAUGCCUACAGUCCCCAGUUCGUGGAGGCAGCGUGGUACCCUUGGUGGGAAAGCCAAGGUUUCUUCAAACCAGAGUACGGAAGGACGUCGGUCUCUGAGGUGAACCCCAAGGGUAAUUUCGUGAUGGUCAUUCCACCGCCCAAUGUCACAGGUUUCCUCCACCUGGGGCACGCCCUCACCAACGCCGUAGAAGACGCAAUCACCAGAUGGAAUCGCAUGAAGGGUCGUACCACCCUCUGGAAUCCAGGAUGUGACCACGCAGGAAUCGCAACUCAAGUCGUCGUAGAGAAGAAAAUUUGGCGAGAGGAGCAGAAGACACGUCACGACCUGGGGAGAGAUAAAUUCAUAGAGAAGGUGUGGCAGUGGAAAAAUGAAAAGGGAGGCAGAAUUUACGAACAAUUAAAAAAAUUGGGGAGUUCCUUCGAUUGGGAUCGCGCCUGUUUUACGAUGGACCCGAAGCUAUGCAGAGCUGUCACCGAGGCAUUCGUUCGUCUCCACGAUGACAAUAUCAUCUACAGGAGCAACAGACUCGUCAACUGGUCCUGCACGCUGAAGAGCGCCAUUUCCGAUAUCGAAGUCGACAAAGUCGAGCUCACAGGGAAAACCCUUCUUUCAAUUCCAGGGUACACCGAGAAGGUGGAGUUCGGAGUUCUUGUGCAUUUUGCAUAUGAAGUAGAGGAGACGAAUGAGAGAUUAAUUGUAGCAACAACGAGAAUCGAGACAAUGCUGGGAGAUACAGCUAUUGCUGUACAUCCAAACGAUCAACGGUAUCAACACCUCGUUGGAAAAUUCGUGAAGCAUCCCUUCUGCAGCAGAAGAAUUCCCAUCCUCGCUGAUGAUUUCGUGGACAUGGAAUUCGGCUCUGGAGCUGUAAAAAUCACUCCAGCCCAUGAUCCCAAUGACUACGAGGUUGGAAAACGACAUAAUCUGCCAUUUAUCACGAUUUUCAACGACGAGGGCAAUAUCGUCGGGGAUUAUGGGGAAUUCACUGGCAUGAAGAGAUUCCAUGCGAGGAAGGCAAUCCUAACAGCCUUGAAAUCGAAAAAUCUCUUCAUAGAAACCAAGGACAACCCCAUGGUGGUGCCAGUGUGCAGUAGAUCGAAGGAUAUCGUCGAGCCUAUGAUUAAACCCCAGUGGUACAUCCGCUGUGACGAUAUGGCAGCCGAGGCGGUCUCAGCCGUGACAUCAGGUGAACUCCGAAUAAUUCCAGAGCAGCACAAGAAGACGUGGUACCACUGGAUGGAGGGGAUCAGGGACUGGUGCAUCUCCAGGCAGUUGUGGUGGGGCCACAGGAUUCCAGCGUAUUUUAUCACCUUCACUGGCUCUGUAAAACCAAACGAAAUUCCUGACGAUGAGCUCUGGGUGUCAGGGAGAUCCGAGGACGAGGCGAGAGGCAAGGCUUCCAAGAAAUUCAAUGUUCCUGCAAACCAGAUCAGCUUAAAACAGGACCCUGAUGUCCUGGACACCUGGUUCUCCUCAGGAUUAUUCCCUUUUUCGAUAUUCGGAUGGCCCGAUGAGACCGACGAUCUCAAGGCUUUCUACCCUGGAACCCUCUUGGAGACUGGCCAUGACAUCCUUUUCUUCUGGGUCGCCAGGAUGGUAUUCCUGGGGAAAAAACUCCUGGGAAAACUACCCUUCAAGGAAGUAUACCUCCACGCGAUGGUGAGGGAUGCCCAUGGCAGGAAGAUGAGCAAAUCGCUGGGUAAUGUCAUUGAUCCUAUGGACGUCAUCAACGGUGUCACCCUCGAGAAGCUUCAUAAACAGCUGGAGGAAUCCAAUCUCGAUCCCAGGGAACUCAAGAAUGCAAUCGAGGGACAGAAAAAGGAUUAUCCCCAGGGUAUACCUGAGUGUGGCACUGAUGCCCUCAGAUUUGCACUCUGUGCAUACACCUCACAGGGGCGCGAUAUCAAUCUCGAUAUUCUUAGGGUGCAGGGGUACAGGUUCUUCUGUAAUAAAAUCUGGAAUGCCACUAAGUUCGCUAUUAUGUACCUGGGGGACUUCAAGUACAGUGAAGAUACUGAAAAAAUAAAUGUCAACGGAUCAAAAAUUGGGGAUAAUUACUGGUACUCAAAACUGCUUGGAGAAGAGUGCAUUCAAGAUUCAUUGAAUGAUUAUUUAUCGGAAUUCCCGUAUCUUGAUGGGUAUACGCCAUCGCAAGCAGACAGUAAGAUAGUGGAAAUUCUCGACAAGAUAAAAAUAAAUGGGCGAGUUCAUCUCGAGCGUUGGCAGCGGCACAUGCGGAGCUUCAGUCUAGCUGAGAAAAAAUCAUUCAGAUUGGAGAACGGUGACUUUAUGGCUCGAUGCACAUCGAGAUCCUCCUCGACUGUUCCUGGAGGAUUCCAGCUGACAGGCCACGAAACAAAUGUGGACCUCUGGAUGCUGUCUAGAGUGAGUCACGCCGUGAAGAUAUGUGACGAGGGAAUGGCAAAGUACGACUUCAACGCCGUCACCACCGCCUGCUACAAUCUCUGGCUUUAUGAUCUCUGCGAUGUCUAUCUGGAGUACCUGAAGCCAGUCUUCCAGACUGGAGCUCCAGAGCAAAUUCUAGCGGCCAGGAAAGUGCUCUUCAAUACCCUGGAUGUGGGACUGAGACUACUGAGUCCCUUCAUGCCUUUUAUCACUGAAGAACUGUAUCAACGACUGCCGAGGGCCAAAUUAAUGUACCCUAGUAUCUGCGUCAGUCCAUAUCCUGAGGUCUUAGUGUGUCCAUGGAGAAACGAGACAAUCGAGAAAGACGUGGACUUUGUUUAUAAGUUAAUCAAGAGUAUUAGAUCAACUCGAUCAACUUAUGCUUUGCCAAAUAAAAUAAAAACUGAUGCCUACAUCGAGUGCACUGAUCCUGACCUGGAGAAACGUCUCCAGGAGUACAAUCUGAUGAUUGGAACUCUUGCUUAUUCGAAUGUUCUGAGUGGAAAGGCACCGGAAGGAUGUGCUAAAAUCGUAAUCACGAUUGACGUCCACAUUCAUUUAUUACUCAAGGGACUCAUCGAGCCGCAGAAGGAGUUGGAGAAGCUCUCGAAGAAGGAAGACCAGCUGAAAUCAACGAUUCAGAAACUGAAGGAGGCAAUCGCUGCCAGCGAUUACGUGACUAGAGUUCCAGAAGCUGCUCGGAUAAAUAAUUCUGAGAAACUCAGCACCAGUCAGGCGGAUCUCGAGAGACUCUCAGAAGCCAUGGGCACCCUUCGUUUAAUGUUAUGAGGGAUUUCUUAGCAAUGGUCUUUUAUGAGAAACAAUAAUUUAUUAAAAAGAAUAGGAAAUCA